AUGCCAUCAUAUGCAAAAUUCUUGAAAGAUAUUCUAUCCAACAAACGGAGAUUGGAGGAGCAUGAAACUGUGGCAUUAACAGAGGAGUGCAGUGCCUUAAUCCAGAACAAAUUGCCUCCAAAACUGAAGGAUCCGGGCAGCUUCUUGAUUCCAUGUGAAAUUAGGGCAGCAAGCUUUGAGAAGGCUCUAUGUAAUCUAGGUGCAAGUGUUAGCUUUAUGCCUUUGUCGGUGUGCAAGAAACUAGACAUGGGAGAGUUGAAGCCGGAAACAAUUUCCUUGCAACUCGCGGAUCGAUCUGUCAAACAUCCAAUAAGUAUUCUUGAAGACAUCCCAAUCAAGGUUGGUAAGUUCUUUGUACCCGCUGAUUUUGUGGUGUUAAAGAUGGAAGAAGACACCCAAAUUCCCAUCAUUCUUGGAAGGCCUUUCUUGGAAACUACAGGGGCACUUAUUGAUGUCAAAAAUGGCAAGCUUUCUUUAAUUGUUGGUGAAGAAAAGGUGGAAUUUGAUUUGGCUAACUCUGUUAAACGUUCUUUUGUUGAAAGCUCUUGUUGUAGGGUCGAUGAUCCCCUCCACUUGUGUUUGGUACAUGAUGAGCUGGAAGAUAAUGAAGAUGGUGAGAGUGAGGAUUGUGCACAGCUGUCGCUGCCUAAGGAGCUUCUGCGGCACCAGCAGGCCAGAACUAAAAUUCUGGAACCAGUUUCCACAGUACACAACCCAGAAAAACUGUAA